AUGGAAGAGCAUACCUCGCAUACGUUUGCCACGGAAAUGACCCCGCUGGAUCAGCAAUCGAGUCACAGUUUUGCCAAUGAACUGACAUCCGACGAUUUCCAACACAACAACAACAACAACAACAAUGUGCCCAAGCGAAAGGCCAAGUCCAUUUCGCCCGCGACAAACAAGAAAGAAUCUGUGGAACCACCGGCACGGACACGCAGCCACGUGGACAUUUUUCAAAGCCAUUUCGUGGUUGCCAGUGGUGGUGGCAGUGGACAUGGCAGUGGCAGUGGACACGGCGGGAAAAAGUACAGGUCGUCUCCCAAAAGUGCUCGAAAGCGUCCGGUCAUGGAACCGGAGGGAACCAAGGCUCAUGACACCAACGACGAGGGCGAGUUUCGUCCUAGCGUGAAACCUACAGUCUCAGCGGUAUCGUCCGACAGCGCCUCGGCAGCAACAUCAACCAGUCUGCCACAGCCCUGGAAGGAAUUGCUGAAAACCACCAAACAACGAGCACAAAGCAUGGGCGAUGUGGUCAGCAGCAACAACAAUUACAAUCACAAUCAUGCCAGCUACGAUUUCAGUGCUGGUACGCCGUCAGAGGAUUUGGCCAGCACAGAAUCGUUGGAACUCGAGCCCAGUCCGACUUCUGUGGUGGAGGAAUCCCCCACCAAAGGAGUGUUCUCGCUGGAUUUCACAAAUCAGCAACAAGACGUUGAGCCUCAUGUUUUGACGAAACAACAAAAACAGCAAGGGACAAGCGAUGUACAGGCUUAUCACGAAUCGAUCCAAUGGAAGUCUCUGGCUGUUCCUCAUCCCCUUCAAUCGAGCGGUCGUCGUGCACAGCGGCGCAUGACUUUGACGUGCGAUGGAAGAGACAACUUAGACCGUGGAACAAACACCGACAGGAGGGCGAAAACGGUCGCUCCGCCGGGAAACGACGGCAAUAUUUUGUCGCCUCGCGGAGCUGCGUCGAGAGAUUCAGAUGUCGACGCCGAACGCCAAAAACUGAUUUCUCCUGCUGCGUCCAAUGAUGACGCGAGUGAAGCCGAUUUGGACUUGAGCGAUAUGGUCCUUACGCAGGCUGAGAGCGAAAUAGAAGCCGCUCAGUUGCCCUCGGUCACUACGAUCGUCCAACACUUAUCCGCUUCAGCCAGCUUGAUUGACGCAACCGACAUUCCUUACAAGACAACCUUGAACAGUUUUGCAGCCGAACGCAGCGUUGACACCGACGAUGAAACUCUUUUGACGCGAAGCGAAAGCGGGGAGGAAGAUUCAGCGAAUAAUGAGCUUCCCAAGCAGGGGUCUGCUAUCACCCAGCAUUUUGCUUCAACGACGAAGAGCAAGAAGUCUCUCUCAGAUGCUUGUGACAGUGUAGUGUUAUCCAAAGCACUCAAGGUUGUUCCUUCACUCCAUAGCAGUGAAGUUGAUGAUACAGACAACCAGACAGCUCUACCAUCACUGCACAGCAUCCAGCAAAAUGAAGUUGAGGAGGAUUCUGUGGUGUCUGAGUUGCCCACGGCGACAACGAUUUCCCAGCAUCUUGCAGCCAAGAGUCCCCGCAGUCAGCGAAAAGGAAUAUCGGAUGCCUGUGACAGUGUUGUCCUCUCCAAAGCCCUUCAAAAGAAGCCAUUGUCGAAGAGUCUGCAACCUGAUGAUGUAGACAAUGACACGGUGCUGCCAUCAUUGUACAGCAUCCAAGAAAGUCAAGCUGGUACGGUUUCGACUGAGUCACUAGCAGAAGAGCGUACAAGAACAACAGCUACUGAAAGCACAACAAUAUCUCAGCACUUGUCCAGUACGAGUCCUAAAAAAAGCAAGAAAGUGCUCUCAGAUGCAUGUGACAGUGUAGUCCUUUCCAAAACACUUCAAAAUAGGCCUCUGGGCAGAGUAAUGCAGCGAGAUGAACCUGACAAUGAUACUGUGUUGCCAUCUCUUUAUAGUGUCCAACCGAGUGGUACUGAGGACGAAGAGGAAGACGAGGAGAAUUCUGUUCUUACCGAGUUGCCAACGGCCUCUUCCAUCUCUCAGCACAUAUCUGCCACCAGCACAGGAAAGUUCAGGAAGAAGGGGCUGUCAGAUGCCUGCGACAGCGUUGUCUUGUCAAAGGCGCUGAAGAACAAGCCAUUGGGGAGGGCUUUUCAACCAGACGAGAUUGACAAUGACACAGUGCUACCUUCUCUUUACAGCAUCCAACAAAGUGACCCCGAUGAUGAGGACGACGAUGAAAGCGACGAGAGUAUGGUCUCUGAGUUGCCAAAAAAUGCAAGGCUCAAGCAGCAUUUUGCAGCAAAGAGCGCCAAACACAGAAACAAGAAGGGGUUGUCGGAUGCUUGUGACAGUGUUGUGCUCUCAAAAGCCCUGAAGACUAAACCACUCACACGGACUCUCCAUCCAGAUGAACAAGACAAUGAUACAGUGCUGCCUUCUCUCUACAGUGUUCAACCAAGUGAUACGGAUGAUUCUGAUGAGGACGAGGGUGAUGAGAGUGUGGUCUCUGAGCUGCCCAAGAAUACAAGGCUGAAUCAGCAUCUGAAGACUAAACCACUCACACGAACUCUCCAUCCAGCUGAACAAGACAACGACACCGUGUUGCCAUCUCUGUACAGCGUUCAACCAAGUGAUACUGAGGAUUCUGGUGAGGACGAGGGUGAUGAGAGUGUGGUCUCUGAGCUGCCCAAGAAUACAAGGCUGAAGCAGCAUUUUGCCGCAAAGAGUCCCAAACAGAGAAACAAGAAGGGUUUGUCUGAUGCUUGCGACAGUGUCGUCCUCUCCAAAGCACUUCAGAAGAAGCCACUGAUGAAGAGCAUUCAAGCAGAGGAGUAUGACAAUGAUACAGUGCUUCCAUCGCUUUACUCGGUAGAAACGAGAGAAGUGGACGAAGGGGGGUCUGUGGCUUCUUCGUAUGUGCUGGAACCCACACGGAAGGGGCACACUUCCAACAGCCUUUUGAAUGCCAGUGGCAAAUUCCGUGCAUUGGAAGAACGCAAGGGCCAGGCAAUCACGAAUGCAUAUGCGAUGGACGAUUUGAUGAUGAACACGAGCACGCUGUUGAAAGAUGAUUCGGGAGCUGGGGACAAAGACGGCAGCAUUCGACGCAGGUCACUGGAUGUUCUAAGCUCCUACAACAAAGCUUCUUCUUAUUCUGGCAAUAAGGCAAACCUGAGCGCAUUGGACUUGUCUCCGCAAAAGCCGAAAAAGACGCUUUCGUACCAAUCUCAUUUUUCCAAUGCCGCCCCGCCAUUGACAGGGACCGAUCAAACCAGAUCCGCGAACCUGGACGAAGAUGACGAAAUCGUUUCUGUGGACGGCAGUUUAGAGGAUCACGGAGAAGGUGCUCCUAGCCCUAUCCGCCGGUACCAUUCCAUGCAGCCAGGCAGCAGCGCACACCGACGAAAUGACCUCUGGCUCUACAAGAACAAUGGCAACAACAACGAUGAAAGGAAAGUGACUCGUCGACACUCGUAUGGGACGAGUACGGGCCACUCUCGUGCGACCCUGGAAUCACUCGACAACUCAGAGUCUGUCGUGGGCGAACUUCCUGAGCGAGGAAAGUUGCAACUCGUCAAGUCGAGCGACAGCGUAGAGCUAACGUUUGUCCGCAAGAAGAAGAGUGCCCAGAAGAGCGCCCAACAGAAACGCCAACGUUCGGCUAGAAGACUCAAGCCAUGGACCAGCACUUCCAACCUGGAUGCAUCAAUGGAUCUGAAUUUCCUGCAUCAGUCCGUUCCAACUCAUGGCCCGUCACCCUGGGAGCACUUUACGUCUGGUGGCGAAAACGCCGAGGAAGACCACUUGACCAGAUCACAAAGGCUAGAUCGCUGGUCGACGUCGUACUAA